AUGGAGCAAGUAGCACAAGAUGAAAUCGAGGAUUUGUCAUUGUCCCCGCCAACUGUUGGCUCCAUGCAGAUUGCUGGAAGCAAUGGUUUCGGCCAUAACAUAGAGUUCAUGUCUCAAGCUUAUCUUAGAAACAGAAGUUGUUCUGAAAUUGAUAUAGAAGUAGACCAUAAUACAUCUAUCACUCAUAAUGAUCAACCCAUUCCCAUAUUUCUCAAGUUUGCAAAUGUGGAGUACAAGGUGAAGAUUAACCAAGCUUUCUCCAACAAUCCUGUCAAGGCAGUUGUAUCAAAGGUUGCUUCCCAGUUUGAGCAUGACAAUUACAAGCAUAUACUCAAGGGUAUAACAGGAAGCGUUGGUCCUGGUCAAAUUCUUGCCUUAAUGGGGCCUUCUGGCAGUGGAAAAACAACUUUGUUAAAGAUAUUGGGCGGAAGACUGCACGAAAAUGUCAGAGGAACCGUCACUUACAAUGACAUUCCAUAUAAUCCGGCUCUUAAAAGAAGGGUGGGUUUCGUGACACAAGAUGAUGUGCUUUUUCCGCAAUUGACUGUUGAAGAAACCUUAGUUUUUGCUGCAUUCUUAAGACUUCCAAGUAAGAUGAGUCGACGUCAGAAGUAUGAAAGAGCAGAAGUUAUUAUUAAGGAAUUAGGCUUGGAAAGAUGUCGUCACACGAGAAUAGGUGGAGGACUCGUUAAAGGUGUUUCUGGGGGAGAAAGAAAAAGAGCUAGCAUAGGUCAUGAAAUCCUUGUUGAUCCUUCUCUCCUCUUGCUCGACGAACCAACUUCAGGCCUUGAUUCUACCUCCGCAAAUAGACUACUUCAAAUUCUUCAAGGGCUUGCUAAGAUGGGAAAGACAAUCAUAACAACAAUUCACCAGCCCUCAAGCAGGAUUUUUCACAUGUUUGAAAAAAUCUUGUUGAUAUCAGAAGGUUAUCCGGUCUAUUAUGGUAAGGCCAGGGAAUCGAUGGAGUACUUCUCGUCUCUAGGUUUCAUUCCAGAAAUUGCAAUGAAUCCAGCAGAGUUCUUGCUGGAUUUAGCAACGGGGCAAGUAAACGACAUUAGUAUUCCUGAUGAUCUAUAUCCACCUCAAUGCACAUCUGAACAAGAGAGGGUUGUAAUUAGAUAUCUGCAACACAAGUACAAAAUCCAGUUGGAACCAAAAGAGAACCAUCAAAUCGCUAAGGCACCAGAGCAUCUUCAAAUGGCCGUUAAAGUAAAGAAAGAUUGGACUAUAUCCUGGUGGGAACAAUUCAGGAUACUGUCAAAGCGAACAUACAAGGAGAGAUGUAGAGAUUAUUUUGACAAGUUGCGGUUAGUUCAAUCGCUUGGAGUUGCAGUAUUGCUCGGCCUUCUUUGGUGGAAAUCCUCAACUGCAACUGAAGCUCAACUUCGUGAUCAGAUUGGUUUAAUGUUCUACAUCUGUAUAUUCUGGACUUCUUCAUCAAUUUUUGGAGCAGUAUAUGUUUUCCCAUUUGAGAAGAUCUAUUUGGUGAAGGAAAGGAAAGCAGACAUGUAUAGAUUAAGCGUCUACUACGUCUGCAGCACAUUGUGUGACAUGGUAGCGCAUGUUUUAUAUCCGACAUGUUUCAUGUGCAUUCUCUACUUCAUGGCUGGAUUCAAGAGAACUGUCCAAUGUUUUUUCUUAACAUUGGGUGCAACACUAUUAAUUGCAAUAACCAGCCAGGGAGCUGGAGAGCUUUUUGGAGCUGCAGUUAUGAGUAUUAGAAGGGCGGGGAUGGUCGCCUCCCUGAUAUUGAUGUUGUUUCUUCUCACUGGAGGUUACUAUGUUCAGCAUAUACCAAAAUUCAUGAGGUGGCUAAAGUAUUUAUCAUUCAUGUACUAUGGAUUUAGGCUGCUGUUGAAAGUGCAAUACUCAGGAGAUGAAUUAUAUGACUGUGAAAGCAAAGGAGGAUGCAGAACCCUACAGAGUUCUCCAUCAUUUGACACAGUCAAUUUAAAAGGUGGCUUAAAAGAAGUUUGGGUUUUGAUAGCAAUGGCUCUUGCUUAUCGUUUCUUAGCUUACCUUUGCCUUCGCAGAAAAAUCAAUAUUUGUAAUCUUUAA